AUGGCUCCCUCCGCCCGAACGACCAUUCGUGUUCUCACCGUGCUGUUGAACGAGUAUCCGCAAUACCAUGACGCCCCGCAAGACCUCCAUGAAACCAAGUAUCACACAUGCGAGACCAAGCUGUUCGGUCAUGCCUCCAGCCUCCUCAAUUGCACCGCCGACGGGUCCGUCGCUUCUACAGGCUGGACAGACGUCGAGGAGACUAGUCUCACCGUCGUCCUCGCGUCGACCUCCAUCCCCUCGAAUGUGCCAUCAGGCUCCUCGAACACGCUGCCAUUAGCCCAAGAUACCUCCACCAAGCCAGAGUUCUCAAUUCUUCGCGUGUUUCCCAGCGAGCAGGAAGUUGACAUCAACGACUUCGCCUCUCCGAAGUCGAACGAACCCUACACUGUGAAGUGUCAUGCGCAGGACCUGCUUCGCGUCCUCAUGGACUACAAGCAGAAGGCGUGCGACCCGCAAAAGCGCUAUAACAAGUUUAACGUCGCGGAGUGGGUCACUGCGCGCUGUCAUGCUUCCGUUGCCCGUCGGAUCCGCCUUGCGAGGAAGUUGUGGGACUCGGAUCCACGCAAAGCGAUGAAGGAUUGGACGCCUCAGACCUAUGAGCAAUUCACCGAGAAUGGGAAGGAGGUCAAGAUAAAUGAUGUUGACAGAGAUUUCGCGAACCGACGGCUGAAGGAAUACUGGACGAUGCAAGAUGAAAAACAGCGGCCAGCACCCCUCGUCCUUCCUACGUCUAUUACUGCAAGUACCAUUCCAGCCUUCAUCAACGCGCUUGGCGAGCUCCUGGCAAUGGCCGAGGUUCUGAGUGGUGCUGCGGACUAUCGUCGCUUCUUCACUCGGACCCUCCGGAUCAUCUGCUGGAUCCUGAAAUCGCAACUCGUCAAGCGGGCCUUUUCUUUUUCUUCACUCUCGUACGCAUUCAGGAGGAAAUCCAUCACCAUGAAGCUGCUACGCACCACUGGGCCUCGCGACGUCGGCGGAGACGACAGCGGCCUCGAUGACGACAGCAACGAGGCAGACGAAGAUGACGCCCGCAGCUUGUUAAAUCCCGUCCCCGGCGAGAACGAAGGGCAGGUCGUUUUACGCUAUCUACUCAUGAUAGUCGCGCCCUUCACAGCAUGUUCCGUCGUCCUCCCGAGGAUCCGGAGGCUACCAGGGACCCCGGAAAUCUCGAUCGUCGAGCUCACGGACCACAGGAAGGAGGCUUCACGAGUUGCCGAAGAACAGUACAUGAACGUGCUGUUGGAGCGCGUUUCCACACAUAUCACAGCUAGCAAGCGCCGACCCGGCGAAAUCGAACGUGCGAGCAAAUGGUUGCGCGAGCUCGCCAGUCGCAAGUUCGAAGUGACUCGCCCAUUGUACGUUCACGCGGAAGCAGGGAUCAUCGGGCUGCUGAAGAUCCCGAGGACAUCCGACAACCACGAAAUCGUCCAACAUUUACAAGUUCACUUCGAUGAAAGCGCAGUCUUGGGGAUCGGCGUGAGCCAAAAAUCCUGCGCCACGUGCACGCUGCUCUGGAAGCUUGCCUCAGGCAAGCACAACCCGUCUCGCGAUAAGGAAGUAUGCAUUUCCGGAUCCCAUGGCCAAGUAGUCCCCUGGGAUCCUCCGUCAUUCGGUAUGGACGACAGCGUUCUGGAGGGCAUCGCAGACGGGCUGUGCAAGAAGAUGGCCGAUGUAGCCUUCGCUCAAGCGGAGGAGGUUGAAGUUUCGAGCCGCACCUCCUCUCCCACCACCAGCGAAGAGGAUGAGGACGAGGACUGGCAAAACGACGAUUAUGAGCUCUCCGAUGAUGAACUGGAUUUUGAGGGACGGACAAUCACGUUGUGA